CGACCUUCCUGCAUCUCUCGUCUCUUGCCCCGUUGAUAAGUAAUUAUUAACCUAUUGUUUAUCUGACAGAGCCUAUCGCUAUUGGACUUUACUCAGAGGAGGACGGCAAGGAAUCAUAGAUAAUAUUAUUUGGCGAUCAACGUCGCCACAAACCGGGCACGUUGCGAUCAAAAACCCUUCACAGACGCAGCCUGCCGUUUGCCUGCCCUCGUUCGCCGCUUCUGCUUCUCGCGGUCAUCCAGGGACCCCAAAGGCAACACCCCAGCUGCCAGCUCCUCGCGACACGCUCACGGAAUAAGCCCUAGCUCGAGUCAGAGAGCUUUUUUAUACCAUCCUCCCCCUUCGACUUCUUCUGUGCUCGACUUCUCCCCGUCAGCCAGGAGCCCUCAUCUAUCUAUCCCUCAUCCUCACGACACGUUUGACGACCUCUGGAUAUCCUAAUAAGUAUCAUUUCUUUAUUCAUUUCCACUUAUUGAUCUCUAUAUCACUGCAUGCAGUCUGCCUCCCCCGCAAUCGCGCCCUGGUCCUCCCACUUUGCACUUGAUAUGUCCUCUGACCGCCACCACCACUCACGCUAUUCUGGCACCCAUGUCCUCAGCGAUCCCGACCCCACUGACUGGGACUUCGCACAGGAGAUAGCACGCCUCAAAAUCGGCUCCAAGGACGAUGACGUCCACGCUCGGACGCCUCCCCAGUCCAAGGUUGUUGCCGCUGCUGUAGCCCACUAUGCAGAGUCCAGCCCACUCGAGUCUGCAUCAGAGGCCAGCCCCAGUUCAUCCCCUGAUCAUUCUAUCUCUCCCUCUCACUCUCGUGGGUCAUCUGGCGCUGAUUCUCGUGAGCCAGCCAACUCCAACAACCGCGACAUGCGUACAGGCGCACUCAAAGUCACAACGGCUUCAGAACAUAAGGAGCGGCCCCACUCGUUCAACGGCGUCCUCUCAUCGUCUGACCUCCGCCGCUUGCAACAGGCUGGCGAGGAUUCUCCCAGCCAUUGGUCGCAACUUCGGGAGCUUGCCUCCCCGGAGCAGCCGACGUACCCCUCCCUUUCUGGCUCAGGUUAUGGUCGCAAUCCACCCCCCUCUGCCUCCGCAGGGCUCCGCCCAAACCCCAGGACAUUCACUCCUGGAGGCUUGGGAUACAAUGGCGCCAACUCGCUUGGAGCGCAGCAAGCAUACGAUCUGCCUUUCUCUCAUCCGGAUCCGGCGGUGGCUCGGAUCCAGCAGCAGCACGGUGCCUUCCGUGGUGUCCAUCAGCACUCGUCUUCCGAUCCGUCUUCUACGCUCCGCGAUGCAGCCGCGCUCGCACUGCUGAGCAACCCCACCAGUUACUCUCAGCUGGGCAUGUAUCCGCCUGCGGCGCCCCUCCCUAUGAGCAUGUACCCUCAGGCGUACCGAGGACCCGACAGCUACACAAGCAACAUCGCUGCUGCGCAGGCGAUGUUGAACCGCCUUCAGCAAGGUCAAUUCGCUGGCCCAUUUGGUAUUAUGCCCACUCCCGCGAUGGGCAUGGAGACUGGGGCACGUGGUGUGGGACUGAACGCUCCAGCACCGUCCGCGCCAAGUUCGAAUGGAUCUGGACCCAGCGCGAACAACCGCAAACUUGGGCUUUACAAGACCGAGCUUUGCCGCUCCUGGGAGGAGAAGGGCACCUGCCGCUACGGCACCAAGUGCCAGUUCGCUCAUGGUGAAGGGGAAUUGCGGUCUGUGGCUCGUCAUCCAAAGUACAAGACGGAGAUCUGCAGGACGUUCUGGGUAUCGGGCGCUUGCCCGUAUGGGAAACGCUGCUGUUUCAUCCACACAGAGCUCCCCGCGAACGGUGCUGCCCCCGGUGCUGAGGGCGCACCUCCCCCUUCUGCGACGAUUGACUCUCGCCAACGUGCUAAUAGUUCGGCGAGCGAUCCCAGUGACGCCCCGACAUCCCUUCUCUCGCGGAUCUCUCACAGCAGGCACGACCUUGCUACGCCUAUUGACACGAACUCUGCAGCUCAUAACAUGUAUAAUACCCGACCGCCCACCGGGUCCCUCCGUGUCGAUACUGCGUCCCUCACGAAUAUUGCGAAGCAGAACAAGUCGGCCUAUCCGACCCUCGCUAGCCAGCAGAACGCACUGAUGAUGAACCCGCGUGAACCUGCGAUCCACUCGCCGGUUCCUCUGACCGCCGGCCCCGAUCUCGGUCGGUCCACUGCCGCUCGUUUGAAUAUUGUGGGGCAAAAUCAGCGUGUUGGCAGGACGAACACGUCGAACCCUCGCCACUCGUUCAACGGGGCGGAUGUCGAUUUUGAGUACGCUUCCCCGACUACUCCGUCGGCCGCCAACGCCAGCUCCUCCUUCGGCAUGGGCUCCCAGAACGACCGCCUUUCCGCUUCCGGAACAGCUCCUCGAUCGCACGUUAGAUCGGGUAGUGCAGGCAACUGGGGUAGCUUGACGCGGAGCAACCUUUCGGUUGCUUUUCCCCAAUCCGAGCUCGCUGUUGGGUCGAACCGAGUAAGCAACAACGCACAAUGGAUCUGAAUAAAAACAUAUCGGACGUUAUCUCAACCGCUGGAACGGACUUUGUGUUUUCUUUUUUCUCUUUCUGCAUAUGUUGUGAACGUUCAUGCACUCACCAAUCUUUAUUAUUGUCGCUGUACUCAUGCUUGCAUACCUUCAAGUCUUUUGCAUGACGUAAAGUACCCAUCGCCUACAUUUCAUUGUGCAAUAUUCCUAGUCCAAAUGCUCGCUCUUGAAUAAAACGCUUUCGUAAAC